AUGUCCUCCACCGAAAGCAACGAGGGCAGGGCACCUUCGGUCGAGAAGAUCUUUGCUAACCCCGAACUACCGGAAGACGUCGAGAAAAAUGACAUUGAUCAAACUACCCCUAUCCAAGAAUACCCGAGCCACCUCAAAAUGAGCAAUCUGGGCGGUGAUGACCAUGGGGUCAUGGUGGGGGAAGGCGGACGCUCCACUGUUUCAACCGACAUCAUCUCAGUAGUUCCUUGUCGAUACACCUGGGCAUAA